AUGGAAAACCAACCUCCCUCACCACAGGCGCAGCCAAGCGACCGUGCCAACCCUCUUACCGAAAGUUCCUUUAGUUUUACACCCAUCAAGGCCCUGAAAGCCUUGCCGCGACUGUGGGAUCGCAAACCUUCGACACCUAUCCGCGGUGCCGACAAGUCACGGAAAUUGUGGAAGCGGAUUCGCUUCCCCUUUACCGGCAUGAAUACUGCAACGGGAGGCGCGGCCACGGCCAUUGGCGUCUCUAGAAAUUCAGACUAUCAGCGUGGUGUGAAGCGCCGCUGUGUCGACCCCGCUGACGCGAACCAUGAGACUGAGCCCGAGCAACGUGGUUGGUCUUUCCUGGAGACUAAGUGGGAGAUGCAGGCGUCUCGGAAAAAGCGUAAAAUGCCCGAGUUUGAUUUCAAUAUCCACGAAGAUCGGUCUCAGGAGAUGUUUGGUUUCACCGCGAAUCAACCCACCGAUGUCGUUACAGAUGCGUCUACGAAUUUGUGCCAGCCGCUUGGCCUGAUCCAAACCCCCGAAAUGCUAGUCGACAAUGAUGCUACGGUCACCGAUGUGGAUAUUACGACACCUGAUGCGAAGACAACUGAGGAUCCGGAGUCUACACAAUCCAGCCACGAUGCGUCAGCUACAUCAAACGCAACAGAGGGGCUGAUCCAGGUCGUAGUACCAACCGCGGGGCCCGCGCAGGACCUGACGCAAGAGCAGGAGGUGAAGCUGGUACGAUCGGCGCUCCGAAGCUCUCUGGAUGGAGAGGAUGCCGAACUCCUCAACGAUUUCCUGUCCAAAGCAAAAGCGAAACGGGCCGCAAAGUCAAUGGACUCCGAAGAUGCGGAAGCAAUGGAUGUAUCUUCUGGCUCGCCUAGCUCAGAGGAGUCGCCGGAAGUUGAAUGCUCGACACCGCGAUCACGCCGCGCGUUGGAGGAACUGAAUACCAAUUCCCCUUCGCCUGUCAAGCUACACAUCUCACCCAGUAAAUAUGAUGUUGAGCGUGGUGCCGAGCGCACUAACGACCAGGAGACGAUCAUCCCUAAGGAGAUCAAAGAAGAAGCUCCUCCAAACCCUGCACGCCGUCGCAGCUCGCGUACCAAGGACUCCAGUGCCCCUAAUGCGCGCAACACUAUCUCGCUGCGCCGGGCUAAAGGGACAGAAUUCAUCUUCUUGCAGCGAACCGAGGCGCAGCAGAUUGCCUUGGCCACCAAGCGGAACACCCGACUCAACAAGGGCAAAUCUGUCGCUCCCAAUGUCGCUCUUGAAGCUCUGGCUCAACAAGCGAGCGAGGAAGCCCGCCAAUCGAGUAGUGAACCGAAUGAGAGCUCGCGCAAUCGCACUAGCCUCCGCGGGCUGACCAAGCCCCGAAAGCAAGUGACUUGGAACGAGGAGCGCAUGGCCGAGUACGAAGAGUACGAAGUGAUGGAGGAUCAAGAAGCUGAAGAGGAGGGCGAUCAAUGCACGGAUGACGUGGGUGCGACGCCUCGCCGACCAGCUGAGAGCAAGCGCUCAGCAAAGAAAGACGAGUCUAGCCAGCGCAGCAGCCGUAGCCAAACCCAAAAGGCAGAUGAGCAGGCAGACAAUGGGGGCCCGACCGCGCCGGUUGCUGCAGCCACUGCUGCAGCCCCCCGCUCACGCCGGGUGAGGCGUCUGGGUGAUUCGGGGAUCAUGGGCUCCGGUACUCCAGUGAAACCUGGAAGCCGCAGCACAAGCAAGCCUCCCGCAGCCUCGGCACCUGCCGAGGCUCAAGGCCCCUCCACGCCAACCAAGGGCCGCCGUAAGCUUGCUCCCAAAUCUCCCAGACUGUCCAAGCUCCCCGCACCGGCCUCUAAGAGCGCUGGGAACAAGGAUCAGCAAUUCGUCAGUGGUAUCCCUACCCGCAACACCGCUGCAGAUGAUGUGCAGCGCAAGAGUAUGCUUCAGAUGAGCGCAGGGUGCACGCCCACGGCUCGGCGCGUUCGGUCGAGAUCCUGA